GUUGACACCUAAGCAUGGCUCUUACGGGGAAUGAGACCUCAGCUCGCCCCGAUUAUGCCCCCCAUUAUCUCCUGGAGGGUGAUCCAUUUGCCUCCAAGCUGUCCAAGGAGGCCGACAUCGUGGCUGCCUUCUACAUCUGCAUCAUAGGGAUCCUGUCUGCCACAGGAAAUGGCUAUGUUAUAUACAUGACCAUCAAACGCAAGACAAAGCUAAGGCCGCCUGAGCUCAUGACAGUUAACUUAGCCAUCUUUGACUUUGGCAUAUCAGUCACAGGGAAACCGUUCUUUGUGGCGUCAAGUUUCUCCCACCGCUGGCUGUUUGGUUGGGAGGGCUGUCGUUUCUAUGGUUGGGCUGGCUUCUUCUUCGGUGUUGGCAGCCUCAUCACCAUGACCGUAGUUAGCCUAGACCGAUACCUCAAGAUAUGUCAUCUCAGAUACGGUACUUGGCUGAUGAGGCACCAUGCCUUCCUGUGUCUGGUGUUUGUCUGGCUCUACGCAGGCUUCUGGGCCACCAUGCCCCUGGUGGGCUGGGGCAGCUACGCACCAGAGCCAUUUGGCACCUCCUGUACCCUGGACUGGUGGCUGGCCCAGACCUCAGUGGCGGGCCAGAGCUUCGUCAUGGCCAUCCUCUUCUUCUGCCUUAUCUUCCCCACCGGCAUCAUCGUCUUCUCCUAUAUUAUGAUAAUCUUCAAGGUCAACUCCUCAGCUAAAGAGAUCUCCCACUUUGACACCAGGAACAAGAACAGCCAUAGCCUGGAGAUGAAACUGACCAAGGUAGCGAUGUUGAUCUGUGCUGGUUUCUUGAUAGCGUGGAUCCCGUAUGCAGUGGUCUCAGUGGUGUCUGCGUUUGGCGAGCCCGACUCAGUGCCUAUCUCUGUCUCUGUGAUCCCCACUCUGCUGGCUAAGUCCUCUGCCAUGUACAACCCCAUCAUCUACCAAGUUAUUAACCUGAAACGCUCCUGUGCAAAAUCCUCCUGUUUCCAAGUCCUGAAGAAGUGUAGACACUUUAAAAAGUCAAGGAUUUACACCAUUUCUGGCCCACUUAAAGACAGACCAGCCGUAAAAGAGUCUCACAGUGAAAUGUGAGAAAGGGACAGUGAUUCUCUUCUGUGAAAUGACUCUUGGUUUUUCCCCUCACCAGUCCAAUCACAACCCUGCUAUCAACUGCUAAGACAUGGACCACCGCUCACCACCCAGACCUACGCAACCCAGCCUUGCUGUAUCUAUGUUCCUGCUUCAAACAGCUCUCUGUACUCUCCUACUUCAUGUCCCUCUCUGUGUUUACAGCUCAAGGCUGGCGCCAAGAUGUGUUUUUUUUUACACUUUGUACAGAUUAUUUUGUAUUGUGUCCUCGUGGACCUGUGACUUGCAUAGUUUGAAGACAUUUAAACCUUUAUGUGCACCUGUAAUAUCUAAAGCGCUGUUCAGCUAGAGGUAUGAUAUACUCUAAAGAGAGCUGGAGGGACUGUGGUGUUGGCGUUUAGCGUUGUCCCCUGCUUCAGGCAGGUCUGACUGUAGCAGCACUUUUCAUCAACGAUCAAAGUCAUCAUAUGAUUCUUACUGUCCCUCUAUGCAUGUUCACAGAUGCCGUUGACAUCACGAAACAAAAUACAAUUUUAGAUCAUACACAAACUGCACGGUCCACUGCUCCGUAGCAGCCAGUGGAUGAAGUGGUUGGACCAAAUAAUGAAGGAAAACAGCACAACAAAGUCUGUUAAAGUAGUGGCUAUGUCUUACAGCACUAUGUUCCUGUCAUUGUUAACCAUUCUGUAUGCACUGAUGUCAGUCUUAGUUGAGAUCAAUGUUGGUAGUAAAGGUUUAACCCAUUCAAAGUGAAGUAUAUUCACACACAAGUAGUCAGAAAUCCUUCACUAACAACAGUUACCAAAAAUGUACACACAGCACCUUAGCUGGAGUCCUUAAUGGGGAAAUUGCCACGUCCGUUUGCGAUAUUAAAACAACAAAGAAGUUACUGCAAACCAUAAACACUGUUUCUUUAUUCUCUCAGACAUCAUUGCAAAUGCAAUAGAACAGCAAAAUAUGUACUUCAAUUGUUUUUACCACGUUGGCCGACGCUCCUAACUCCCACUUUGUCAACAAAACAAAAACAAAUAUACCUAAGAGCCGCAAUGAACAGGGUUCACAGGAUCAGUUGUAUAGCAACCCAAUGAAAUGACGUUGAACCAACAUGGAAUAGACAUUGAAUUGACGUCUGUGACCAGGGUUCACAGGAUCAGUUGGAUAGCAACCCAAUGAAAUGAUGUUGAACCAACAUGGAAUAGACAUUGAAUUGACGUCUGUGACCAGUAGGAAAACAAGCAGUCUAGCAUGUUGUAACUAUUUCACAUUGUCUAAUGCAGACGAACCAAGUCCACUUGAUCAAUAGUUAUUGAUCUAGUAUCCUAUGGUGCCACUGGUGCCAAUGACAUCUAUAGUCCCACCAACUGGCCUGGUGCAGCCAUUUAAAGUUGCAGUGACUUUAUAUAGAGCCCCACAGUGGAGGUGCCAUAAUACCCAUAAAACCUACAGGGAAAUGGUUUCAAUCGUUUCCCCACCAUUCACUACACAAAACACAGCCCUUAUUUGAAGUGUUUCUAAAAUCCCCUAUUGGAAAAAAUGAAUGGUGGAAAAAUGUUUGGAACCAUUUCCCUGUUUGACCGCUAGGUUUUAUGGGUAUUAUGACUUAUACUGUGGUACUCUAUUCACAAAGCUUCUAAGAACACAUACAUAAUGUUUACAUACAAAAUUGUAUGGCAAAAUUGUAUGGUGUAGCGUGGCUGACUUUGAAUGCAGAAAGUAAUCAUUCUCAAAUUCAUUACAGGUUAAUUAAUUGAGUGUAUAUACCAAAUCUGGAGUCAAUCUGAUUCAUGAGAAUAAGAUUUGUAAAAUAUUUGAAGCAUUAGCAUCUGUACGAACAUGCAUCUAUGUGUACUGUGCGUACAUAUCAGAAUACAGCAACAUUUCAAAACCAUUAACAUUAACGACUGAUGUAAUGAGCCUAAAUACAAAAUCUGGAGUAAUUGUGAGAUAUAGUUCACAAGGAGAAAACAAUUGCAGAUCAUUUUGAGCAUUUAGUGUUACAUACACAAAGAAUUUGUUAAUAGUUUAUUUGUUUUUGGAGAUAGCAAUUCCAAAUUCUGUCAAGGUAUAUCUUAGGGGAGAUGACACAUUUCAAGUUUAUAGGCCACUGUGGAGUGGAUUUACAAUGGUUUAAAUGGACACAUGAAAUCAGAUUUUUGUACAUUCCACACUUUCUGUCAUUUGGUCCUAUGGUUCAUCAGCAGAAGAUUAAAAAAAUAUAUAUUUUUAGCAUAUUACCGUAUGUGCUAAACUGCAUCUACUGGUAUAGUGUGGCCAUCUUUGAAAGAGUUCAAAUACCAACUUUUGGAGUAAAUCUGACUUUUAGUCCAUGAGAAGAAGAUUUUUUAUGAUUAUUUUAAGCAUUAGCUUUACGUAGUCAAAAAAGUGAAUUGUUCAAAGUUUUGUUAUUGUUUAAGAUAUCAAUGCCAAAUUUAACAUGGUUCAUCAUGGUAAUGUCUUUGAUGAGUAUAAAAGUUUCAAGUUGAUAGGCCAUUGUGAAGGGGAUUUACAAGCGGUUUAAAUGGACAUUUAAAAUCUGAUUUCCUGAUUAUCAAUAACUCAGCCAUCUCUUAACCAAUCCCUUAGCCUUCCUCAAACUACGUUAAGCGAUGUACCAUGGGCCUACAUACCGAAGUUGGUGUUAUUUGGUUCAUGAGAAUAGGUUUUCAAAGGUUUUCCAAAAUGUCUAAGAUGGUGGAAAAUCUAUGGAUGUCAUGGGUCCUUGAGGCAAAUUUGUUCAGCAUGAGAAAAGACACGUCAUUCCAAGGUUUCUCUAGAUCAAACAAGGUGGAGGAAAUGAGGGUUUAAGUGGGACUGCUUAUAACAGCGCCAUCUAUAGGCCAUCAGAACCAUUAUUUUUGACCAAGUUACUCAAGGCAUUUAGUUUCUGUGCACCAAAUUAGAAAGAUAAUGACCAAUCCAUGUUUGAGUUAUUUGGCCAUCUAAAAAAAAUAUAAAUAUAUAUAUAUAUAUAUAUCUAAGAAUAACGAUAGCUUUCACAGCUUUGCUGUGAGCUCCUAAUAACAGCGGCCUUGGGCGGACAGUGGCGCUGUUUCCCCUACUGUGUCUUUAACUCACAUCUUUAACUCACAUUGAGACAGGCUACAAGGCAACUUCUGAGAGUGUUAUCUUAGUCUACUCAAGAGCUGGAACUCUGAUUAAAGUGUUUACAUGUUCUAAUAAAUCGAAAGAUUGCUCAGAAGUCCAAGUGUUUUAAUCAGUUUAUGCUUACUUCAAUUAUGGCCUUACGCCAAUUAAGAUAAGCAGAGUAAGGUGUUUACAUGAUAAUGCCUUACUAUGUCUACUGCCGUAAUCAGUUUAAUAUCACAUUCAUUAGUGUGCAUAUAAACAUCCUAAUUUAAUCAUUCACAAUAAUGUUUAUCAAAAGUAUUUUACAUGAUACUGAGGGCGCGUGUGUAUGGGGUCCGGGCAUAUGCAAGAAAACCAUUUUUUUUAAAACAUCUAAAUAGUCAGUGGAAAUAAUUAUCUUAUUGGUUAUUAUAAAAUGUCAUACUGUCAAUUUUUGCAUUUUGAACUGUUCAUCUCCACUCUAACUGAGAUGGUCAGUAAAAACACAAGUAUGGCUGUGUUGGGAUGUCCUGUCAAGGCCUGAAACAUCCACAGACAGUGGGUGAUAGAGGUUGAUGUGUUGAGAGGACCAGGUCUCACUGACCUCUUCAGAACAAUGGAAAGGCAGAUGGAUCAACACACCUGCACUCAGCCCAAGGGCCAAACAUUGGCAAGAGGCAUCAACAAUGUUUAUUUGACAGUAUUUAUUCAAACGCAAUAUCUCCUCUCUUAGUGUCUUAGUAGAGUUGUGUUUUUGUUGUUUGUAUUCUUUUCAGUUUGUAUUCUUUCAGUGUUUUGCUGAUAAUCUGAUUUUAUUUGUUUAUUAUUUUAUUAUGUUACAUUUUUAAUGAUAGCAUUAGGAAAGUUGAGUGAUGUCACGUUCUAUAAUGUUAAGUAAUUUUCUUAAAUGUUUGAGAUGUUAAUCUGUAAAAAAAAUAAAUGUCAACCAAUAGGUUCAUAUUGAUGUCAAACAGGUAAUACGUGUAUUUGCAUAUUUCUCAUAGAGUGAACUGUAAUGCUUACCUGUUAUCAUGUCUUGUUAACGCACAAAAAUGAUGAAUGAGGAAGGAGAUAGCUAACAUGUCGUUAUUUGAUCUCAGGUAUAGGUCCAUUUCUUUCCUUAGUGGGCUCUCUGUCCGUCUCCACUUCACAGUAUUAGUCUCGUCACUUUAUAUGCCUCUGUUUUAAUGAGGAUGCCCUACUGUACUUCAACAGGGUUUGAUUGUGUCUCAGGAAAGAAGGCUCUAAUUCAUUGUAUUUUCCAAACAAAAUAUUUGAAACAGUUUUAUUUGAAUGUUUUAUCAUGAAGAACAUGGUCUGAAGCAGCAAGGAUAGUGGUCCAGGAGGAAUAUGUAACAUUGCUUAUUGUCAUACUCUUUGUGUUUCCUGUGAGCGUGUGUAAUAUAACUACUUUCAUACUACCUGUAGUUUUCAUUCAAGUACCAUAUGUCGCACCUUAUACUUCAUUCCACAUUCUUUAUGAGGAAUGACUUUUUGUUCCUUUAUCUUGUAAAGGAAAGUACAGCAUUCGAUAGCAAAUCUGUUGUGUUGAAAAAAGAUAAGUGCAAAUAAAGGUGCAGUUAUGCACAUAUAUUUAGUUGGUAUAUAUAUUUGAUUCAUUUUUGAAAAGGCAGCCUCAUGAGGCAACCUACACCCUCAUAAGGAGAGAGUAGAAUGGUGCACAAAUGA